ACGGUUGAACAUUCAUAUUGCGGCCGCCGGCGUUAGCCAACUUCCGAUGACAAUGCCGACUCACCACUGACUGAAUCCUGUCUCUCUCUUAUACCUAGGGUUAGAUCUUGGUGGUGAACAAACUUGAAUGGACUUUAACCUUCACUGAGACCGAAGAUGUCGGUUACGGACCUAAAAGAGAGACAUAUGACUGCUGUGGAGAAUGUCACUUCUCUCAGGGAAAAGUUGAAGCAGAAGCGUAUUCAACUCCUCGACACCGAUGUAGCGAGAUAUUCAUUAUCACAAGGUAAAACUCCGGUCACUUUCGGCCCGACGGAUCUGGUCUGUUGUAGGACUUUGCAGGGACAUACCGGAAAGGUCUACUCAUUAGAUUGGACUCCUGAAAAGAAUCGGAUAGUCAGUGCAUCACAAGAUGGAAGACUGAUAGUGUGGAAUGCUCUCACAAGCCAGAAAACUCAUGCUAUAAAGUUGCCUUGUGCAUGGGUCAUGACUUGUUCCUUCUCUCCAUCUGGUCAGUUUGUUGCCUGUGGUGGUCUUGAUAGCAUAUGUACUGUCUUCAACCUAAAUUCACUUCCUGACAAGGAUGGGAAUCUCCCUGUAUCAAAAGUGCUAUCUGGGCAUAAGGGCUACAUCUCUUGUUGUCAAUAUGUUCCUAAUGAAGAUACUCAUCUAAUUACCAGUUCUGGUGAUCAGACAUGUGUUUUGUGGGAUAUAACCACAGGCCUCAGAACUUCUGUUUUUGGCGGUGAAUUUCAAUCUGGCCACACUGCUGAUGUUCUUAGUGUCUCAAUCAGUGGAUCAAAUUCAAGAACAUUCAUAUCUGGUUCAUGCGAUGCAACCGCCCGAUUGUGGGACACACGUGUUGCUAGUCGAGCAGUGAGUACAUUCCAUGGACACGAGCGAGACAUCAAUUCAGUGAAGUUUUUUCCCGAUGGAUUUAGGUUUGGAACAGGAUCAGAUGAUGGGACUUGCAGACUCUUUGACAUCCGCACUGGACACCAGCUUCAAGUCUACAGUCAACAAAACGAUAAAAACAAGUCUCGUGUGACAUCAAUAGCAUUCUCCAUGUCAGGCAGGCUUCUCUUUGCUGGUUAUACAAAUGGAAAUUGCUAUGUAUGGGAUUCUUUAUUGGCUAAGGUGGUGUUGAACCUAGGGUCUCUUCAGAACUCACAUGACAGUCGGAUUAGCUGUUUAAGCUUGUCAGCCGAUGGAAGUGCCUUAUGUACAGGAAGCUGGGACACAAAUUUAAAGAUAUGGGCCUUUGGGGAUGGUCAUAGACAAGUCAUUUAGAGAACGGUCUAGACAAAACAGCUGGAGACCAGACCAGAGUGUCUGAUUGAAGCGGAAGCACACGCCACCAUUCGCAUCAUUUCAUGGGGAUCGUAUCUUCCUUCGAGUCUCGGAUCCACCAAUUCAUCGUAGCUUUCACCCUCCAUGGCACUUGAUAGGAUUGGCCUAGCCUAUUUUCGCCACAUCAAUCAAACUCACUCAUUUUACGGAGAUGUAGAUUAUUAUAAUUACUAUUAUUACUGUUAAGGCGAUUCUUACCCAA